GGAAAAUCUUGGAAAAAAGAGAUGAAGAUCCGCGGACAAUGAAUCUAAGUUCAAAAUAGCAAGCAAAUUUUUUUUUCAUCCUUUUCCUUCCCUUUUUUUUUUUCAUUACACAUUUUUUUUUUUUUUUCACCAACAUGCCUAACUACGAUAUUGAACGCAUCAAGAACUUACUUGGUACUCAUGAAGACUUUCCCAAGAAGGGUAUUGUGUUCAAGGACAUGUUCCCAGUUUUCCAAGAUCCCACUGCUGUUGAAGCCUUGAUCUCCAAUAUUGUUCAACAUAUCAAUUCUACUUAUCCUGAAAAGAUUGAUACUGUUGUGGGUUUGGAUGCUCGUGGUUUCUUGUUUGGUCCUUUGGUUGCUCUUCGUCUUGGUGCUGCCUUUGUACCUGUUCGUAAACAAGGCAAAUUACCUGGUGAAUGUGUCAGUGCUGUCUAUGAAAAGGAAUACGGUCAGGAUAUCUUUGAAUUACAAAAAAAUGCAGUCAAGGCUGGAUCCCGUGUGAUUAUCAUUGAUGAUUUGAUUGCUACUGGUGGUUCUGCUAGUGCUGCUGGUGAAUUGGUGAAAAAGUGUGGAGCCACCACUGUGGAAUACGUCUUUGUCAUGGAAUUGGACUUUUUGAAUGGUGCCAAGAAAUUGGAUGCUCCUGUUUAUUCUCUGAUUCAUUUGUAGAUUAGUUUAUUUGUUAUUUAUGUAUACUUUUGAAUAAAAUCCAAUGU